AUGUCGCAGACGUUAAUUCUUGACAAUGGAGUUGGGACCAUAAAAGUUGGAUAUACAUCUGAUGAACUUCCAAAGGUUAUAUCAAACUGUAUCACUAAAUCAAAGAAUGAAAGGAAAAGAGUUUAUACUGCUGACGAAUUUGUUGAGUGUAAAGAUCACUCGAGUUUAUACUUCUUAAUACCUGCCGAAAAAGGGUACAUAGUCAACUGGGAUGUUGAACAGAAAAUUUGGGAUCGCAUUAUGAGGAAAGAUGUGCUUAAUGUACAGUUCGCUGAUACUAAAUUGGUUUUGACUGACCCGAUAUAUAAUGUCCCAGCCAUUAAGGAUCUUUCUGAUGAAAUUCUUUUUGAACAGUAUGGAUACCACUCUUUGACGAAAACCAGCGCUACAUCUCUGAUCGCAUUGGCUGAUACCGUAGCAGAACAGUGCACCGACCAUUGUUGUGUUGUAGUGGAUUCUGGCUAUUCAUUUACUCAUAUUGUUCCUUACUGUAAUGGUGUGGCUAUUCGCAAAGGCAUUAUAAGGAUUGAUGUUGGCGGCAAGCUUUUAACAAAUUUAUUGAAAGAGUGGAUUUCGUAUAGGCAGUUGAACGUUAUGGAGGAAACAUAUGUAAUGAAUGAGUGUAAAGAAGAUAUCUGUUACGUUGCUGACGACUUCAGAAAACAUAUGAAUAUAGCUCAGAAACGAAAAGACGAAAAUUCAAUUUUGCGACGUUAUAUUUUGCCCGACUUUAUGUCUCAUAAUCGCGGUUUCGUUCGAGAACCCGGAAAUGACGUUAAUGCAGAUGACUGUCAAGAACUAGUGGUUAAUCUCGAGCGAUUUGCUGUUCCUGAAGUCUUAUUUUCUCCACGCGACAUUGGACUUUUUCAAAUGGGGAUUCCAGAGGCUAUUGCGACAUCUGUUAGUAGAUGUCCUAAAGCAAUGCAUGGUCGCUUAUACAGCAACAUAAUUCUGGUUGGCGGAAAUUCGCUUUUUAGUGGUUAUAUGCAGAGGGUAGAAGCAGAUCUUCGAGCUUUUGCUGAAGACCUUUAUGUUUUACGAUUCCGUCAAGUGAAAGAUCCAAUUAUUCAUGCGUGGCUUUGCGGUAAACAGGCAUUUUUGGGAGGUGCUUUUGAUGGAAGGUUUGUCACUAAAGGCUUGGUCUUCGAGCUUCAGCGGUUGAUUGAAAUAUGUCAGCUGGCCCAAUCCAGGAAAGGAAUCAAGAGAUGUGAUUAUUUAGAUGCCACAAUAUACGUCGGUGGCUUGGACGAGAAGGUUACAGAUGCCAUUCUUUGGGAGCUUUUCGUUCAGGCGGGGCCAGUGGUUUCAGUAAAUAUGCCGAAAGACAGGGUUACGAAUUCGCAUCAAGGAUUUGGUUUUGUCGAAUUUAUGGGUGAAGAAGAUGCCGAUUAUGCAAUUAAAAUAAUGAACAUGAUAAAGCUUUAUGGAAAGCCAAUAAAGGUAAAUAAAGCAUCUGCCCAUGAAAAAAAUUUGGAUGUGGGGGCUAAUAUCUUUGUUGGUAACUUGGAUCCUGAGGUACCUAAAAUUAUGCGAGAUCCGGAAACUGGGAAUAGUAAAGGAUUUGCGUUUAUAAACUUUGCGUCAUUUGAGGCAUCAGAUUUAGCAAUUGAAGCGAUGAAUGGGCAGUUUCUGUGUAAUAGAGCUAUAACUGUGAGCUACGCUUUUAAGAAAGACGCAAAGGGAGAAAGGCACGGAACUGUGGCAGAACCGCCUCCUCCGUUGUGGGGAAUGCCACCGCCACCUCCAGUAACGCCUGGCGCUCGAGCAGCUCCUACUCCAACACCUCCACCGCCGCCGCCAGCUCAUAUGUAUUCUCGAAUGCCUCCACCUCCUUUCUUUGCUGGCACUCGAACUCCAUUCCCACCUCCUCCUCCACCUGGUGGCGUAAGGAUGAUGCGGCCGCCGCCACCACCAGUUAUACGACCACCAAAUCCACCACCGCCACCUACUUCGGCUACACCAUCCGGCGCCACACCUGCUCCAGUACCUGUAUCCACAUCUCUUCCAACUGGCGUUUCUCCUGGUAUGAAUGUUGCUCCUGUUGCCCCUCUAUCUACUGCUUCUGCUCCUCCUCCAGCAUCGGAUGCUAAUCCAACCCCUGUUCCAAAUUCUGUCCCGUCACCAACUGCUACUCCUGAGCAGUAG